UUUCUCUGCAGAAUCCCCGCCGUCUCACUACAAGCACGUCUCGACCUAGCCCCGCUCGAGCCACGAGUGUAGGCCUCCGAUGUGGGCGACAUCCGUCUGAUCUACCUCCGGCCAAGCGCUUGCUUUCAUGAGUCAAAAGCCUAUCCGCUUCGUGACAAACCACGAUGGCCCCUACGCGAAGAGGCGCAGGAUAAACUCCGCUUGCCUCACCUGCCGUCGCAAGAAGACGCGCUGUUCGGGCGAGCGGCCAGAAUGCGGGACCUGUAUACAGAACAAGCACGAUUGCGCCGGCUACGGAGACGACAGCACCCAAGAUGCGACCAGACAGGGCAACAAGGCAGUCCCGAAGGCGACCCAUGGCUCCAGCAAUCCACCUGUCUUCAAGGUCGAGCAACCAAUCGACCCCCAUCUGACACGGCCGCCAUUGUCGCAUACUGUAUCGACUAUGGCACAAAGUCCAGGUUCGACUCUCAACCCCACGCCUAGACGCGACGACAAUGCAGGCAGCAAUGGGCUGAGCCUCAGCACGCGCAAUAGGAUGCCCUACUUCCGCUACUUUGGCCCUACAGCCAUCAUGCCAGGCUUCAAGCAGAUGGUCGUAAAGGUUCGAGGCAAGCAGCACGGAAGUGGCCAAACUACGUCAGAUCAGCACCCCCUAGAGUCUUCGCCUGCACAACCAUCAGUAGGUUCGCCACCAAUACCCGAAGCUCGCACACCUCUGGAGAUACCCGUCUACGAUGCCUCUACUAUGUCUCCUAGCCCGUUGAUAACGCAUCUAUGCAAGCUCUUCUUCGUUCAUCUAGGUUGCUCCUUCCCCUUUCUACAACGCGAUCGCUUCAUGCGUGACCUUGAGGAAAAGCAGGUGGACGCAAUUCUUGUAGACGCCGUGUGCGCCCUGGCCGCCCGCUUCUCUACCCACCCAAUGCUGACAGGCAACGGUGACCAGCCCAAGCCCAAGGAUGGAGAAGGCGCCGUGUCAAAGCUUCAGCCCUCAGAAUAUGGCCAAGCCUUUGCGCUACGAGCCAAGUCGGCCAUCCCAGAUGCAUUUCCGUGUCCUAGCGUCGCCGUGGUACAGGCUGCGCUCCUGCUCGCCUACGAUGAGUUUGGUGCCAGUCGAGACAGUGGACUAUGGAUGUAUCUAGGUAUAGCGAUUCGGAUGGCGCAGGAUUUAGGCAUGCAAACACUCCAAGGCUUGAAAUACGAGGGCCACGAUGGCCCCACGCCAAAAUCUGUCAAAGCCGACACUGAGAGCCGUCGGCCAUCGCUGGUGGAGCGCACUCCGCGUGAUGAACCAGAAACAGGCCCAGAGGAACAAGAACAAAGAGCCGUAGAGCGAGAAAGGCUCGAUACCUUUUGGUCAAUCUUCUUCCUCGACCGCGUCAUCUCUUCAGGCACCGGACGACCAGUUACCUUACACGAUAGCGACAUUGAGCUUUCGUUCCCCUCACUAGAUGAGGUCGACACGUCCUCUGGUUGGCCGUUACCGUUCCCGGCUCUUAUCAGGAUCAUUCACCUCUAUGGCCGUGUAACCGAUUUGCUCAACAGGAUACGAUACGCUACCGACAUAACUGACGAUCUGCAGAAGCAACUUGGCGCCUUGGAAGAUCGUUUGACCAUAAUCUAUCAGAACUUGUCGCCUAAGCUGCAUUUCAAUGCCGUCAACUUCCAGCAAUACGUCAAGUUCAACCAAGGCGCCAACUUUCUCCUGCUCCAUUGCUGGUUCCACACCCUUAUCGUUCUCCUGCAUCAACCAACACUACUCAAGACAUUCGAGGGGACCCCGCAAUCCCUGGCUGCUAACAGCAGGGAGUUGUCCAUGUCUUCGGCAAAAACUGUUGCCGACAUCUUGGCUUUCACUGAGCUCAUCGAUGCAAAAACGGGAAUGGGUAGUCCCUUUACUAGUCAGCCGAUAUACAUUGCUGCAUGCGCCUUCUUAAAAGAGACAGCAAUUCAUUCAGCAUCAUCUCAACCGCAAUCCCGACCUGCAACCCCAGAUUCGACUGCCGAAAUUGAACGGAAAAAGAUAUCUAUGCCAAAUUCAAUUAACAACCAGCGCCACAACCAUGCUCAGGAUCGCGAGCAAAAGCAAGCCGCAAAGCACACGCUGCUCGCUUCAGCGGCGAACCAGAAUUACCAGCGCUGCUAUCGUUCCCUAAAGGCUCUGGAGACGUACUGGGCUGGAGUCAAGUACAUACUGACCGUACUGGACCAAAAGGUGACGGGUGUCGGGGACCCACUGCUUUAUACCAGGGAAGAGAUGGAGAGUGCACUAGAGGUACCGAGGCCAGAACCGUCAUUUACGAGUCCAGGAUGGCGGCGCAAACUUAGCUGGGGGACGUAUUUGACAGCGCAAAGCCCGGAUGGGGAGGCAGCGAAGCUAGCUGCAGCAAUCAGAAAGGGUGCGAGAACCCCUACCAUACCCGGAUCUCCAAUGGUGCACCCCAGUCAGGCCAUAGGGUGGUCACUUACUGGCACCAUGAAUUCUCCAUCCACCCACGUCGCCGUCAUGUACAGCUCCGAAAACAACAACGGGGGCGAAGCAAAAGUUGCACAGUCGAAGCCAUCACCGGCAAGUAAUCAGCCUUCGAUUGCGUCCCUCAUGGCAGAGCCGGCGAUCAAUUUCGAACAGGCACAAGCAUUGCCCUCGCCAUCUAAUUUCCAACACUUUAACCCCACUACUAUGCCUCCACCGCCAAACCAAGUCUUCGGCAGUGUCCCUUCACCAGACCCCGUGCUCGUGUCGGACGCCGAUCUACUAUUGAACCUCCAUUCGCCCUUCUCAGGCGCUUCGCCGUCUGCUACUCGCACGCCGAUACCAACCACAUCUUAUACGCGAUCCACAUCCAUCCAACAACAGCCACCGCCGCCGCCGCCACCACCACCACCACCAAUACAAAACGACCUCUCUCCCACUCUCGGGGCCUAUGCCACCGCGUCACAGACCGCGUACGGCGACAUGGUCAUAGACACACAAGACGUCGAUAUGUCAGUUCUCGGAGCAGAUAUGAUGCCCUGGGACCUAGAGUACCUACCACACGAGAUUCUGUACUUUGGCGACGGGACGUUUGCACCUGAUACGCUUGAUGGCGCUGCUACUACGGGUGGGGCUCCUCCUAGAUAGAUAGAAGAGUAAGGGCGGGUAUAUUAUACUCGUCGCAACUCCAAAUUCACACAUAUAUUUGGCGUUGGGGUAAAUGGGUUGGAGAAAAAAGAUGAUAUUGACAAGGGAAACGAAAAAGGGUUGGGGUUUUUGGCGGAAAUUCAUGAUACCAUUUAGUUCGUAUUCCGCUAUAUUGUAUAUUUGCCUGUUACUUAGCGUUGGCGUUGGCGCAAUAAACUUUUUUCUCGUUACCCUUUUUGCGUUCGUGUGUUCGGAUCGUAUAUUGUCAACAGUCUGGCUACCAGGCGGACG